UGGAUUUUCCCCCCUCUUUUUUUGUCUUGUAUUUUCUUUUUCCUUGGGCCAGGGGAGAAAAAAUUUGGAGUUGAUUUUUGUAUGUGCAUACAGAGUUUGGUGCUGUCCUGAUUCUGUCGCGUGUUAGGAAGGAGGGGAUGGUGUGCGGUAAGAUAAGAUUGCUUGCAGAGUAGGAGAUCGUAGGUGUGGUGUAUGUACACUUUGGUGUGUUUUCUGUCAUCUCUGUGUUGAUCUGUAAACCUGGAAGACAGAGCGGACGGAAUCGAUUAUCAAGAAGAGAGAAAGAAAAAGGAGAAAUCCCGUUUCAGAUUGACAGGAGAAAAGGUAGAAUCACUUGUGCAAGAAGCAAUAUCACUCUCCAGCCUCCCACAAAUACAGCUGAGAAGGAGAGAGAGAGAGAACCCUGAAUGAAAGAGAGAGGAGAAAAGGAGAAUACACUGUGUCCUUCUUCGCCCAUCGCCGUCCAUUCAUUUUAAAAAGGCGUCAUCAUUGCAUGGCCUCUUGUCCCUGCCGAUCACUCACAUCCCACCCAAUUCAUCUCUCUGUCACGCUUGGUUCUUGAAGGCCAUCAUCCCCCAUCUGGCCUUCAUCGUCAGCAUCAUUUGAGAAAUUUGAGGGGGUUGAAUAGGAUGACGAAGCCAGUAAUGAUUCGGUACUGUUUACUCGUAGCCGCUCUGCAGAUAGUGGGUGUGGUGUCCAUGACAAGCACGCCCUCCUCGUUAUUCGUCGCUGCUCACAAGCAAGAGGCAAGACCACAUCUUUCCCGGGCCACGCUGAACAUCAAGCAGGGAGCGAGCGUGGAGAAGGUGGGAGAGAUCGGGGACGAGAAGUGCAGGGGACUGAGCAGGCUCGGGUCGAGGCCGCCCAACUGCGAGCACAAGUGCAGAGGCUGCGAGCCAUGCGAGGCCAUCCAAAUCCCCGCGACCACCGACCGAGCGAGCGUCCAGUACGCUAACUACGAGCCCGAGGGUUGGAAGUGCAAGUGCGGCUCUUCCUUCUUCGACCCAUGAAUGCUCUCUCGCACUCUCUACUUCUCCCUGCUUCACCAGUGUCACGUCGACGCUCUAGUCUCAAGCACAAGCAGACAACACGGAUUGGCCCCUUCACAGUUCCAACAGGACUCUGGCAAGAAAGGAAGGAAGAAGAACUAGCCCUCGUCUUUCAUCAUCAUUUUUGGUACCGAAUCGUGUAUAAUAGACGGAUUGGCCCAGCUCCAGACUCCAGUUCUCUCGUUUUGCUUCCCAGUCUAUGAGGAGUUUUUUAAGGGGGUUUAGGCUUUUCAAAGCCACUGUUUUGGCUCGUGUGUAGUGGAAAGAGGAUGGAUAGUUCUCAGCACUUUUGCCUUUUCUCCCUUGACCUCAAUCUGUCUCUUCCGAGUCCUUUUAGGUUAGUACUAAGCGAUAAUUAUGGCCAUUUUUGAGCUGUAUCUUGUAGGGGCUUUUCCCUGUCGAGGUUUUUAGUUUACCCGGAUGCAUAAGAGGCGAAUGCAUUUCUAUUUUCGAGUUACCA